GGCAAUUUGUGCACUGUGCACUUUCCCCAAUCUAAGCAAACAGCUGUAUCACUCGAAGCCCAAAGUUGUGUGAUACGGAACCCGGGUCCAACUGUUGCAGGCGCUCUACUUCGGCGAAGUCACCUACCGGUCAGAGAAGUGACUCGCUCUGUGCCUGAGGAAUGGUAGGAGGAAAUGGAUACUGAAUUUCAUCUACUCCAACUUCCAUGGUAGCUUAAUCAUUGCCUAUGCUAGGUUAAUUGUCUAUCGUACUGAAAUCCUGACGAUUCUGUUACUGUUUUCGGUCCCUGGCCGUUGACAGUUCUCACUAUGCCUUCCGAUGCUGACUUAUCGGACGAUGAUCGAAAACCUAAGGUUGGCCCUAGCGCUAACUCCAUCGAUCAGUCUUUGGACGCCAUCGAGAAUCAAUUAUCCUCGAUUUCAGUUGGUCAAUCCGAGUACGAAUCCGAAGCCGACUCCGACGUCGAAAUCAAGGAACCUUCGUCAUCGAAUCAGGAUAAGCUGAAGGAGCUCCCGAAUGGACUGUUGAAUAGGAAUUCCGAAGCUGAUACUUCUGAGGAGCUUCCUCCUAUCAAUGUGGUUGAAGACGUUAGCUCUUCGGUACCCGUGUGGAGGAACAAUUCCGAAGAAAUGGAGGCUCUGGCAAGUCCUAGUAGCAGUGGCUAUGCAGGUGAAAGAGGGAGUAGCAACGCUAGUAGUAGGGACACUGGCAUUGAGGAGGUCGACGGUGAGAUUCUUGAAAUUGGCAAUGGUGAUUCUUUUGAUGGAGGUUCGAACUCUCAGGUGCAAUGGCUUCCUGGGAAACGCCAUGGCAAUGAGGAUGAUGCUUCCAUUUCCUGGAGAAAAAGAAAGAAACACUUCUUUGUCUUGAGUCACUCGGGAAAACCAAUAUACUCGAGAUAUGGAGAUGAACACAAGCUUGCUGGAUUCUCUGCCACUUUGCAAGCCAUCAUUUCGUUUGUUGAGAAUGGGGGUGAUCGAGUCAACUUGGUCAGAGCCGGGAAACAUCAGGUUGUGUUUCUUGUAAAAGGACCUAUUUACUUGGUUUGCAUAAGCUGUACAGAAGAGUCAUAUCAGUCACUGAAGGGACAACUAGAGCUCCUCUAUGGUCAGAUGAUACUUAUUCUUACGAAAUCUCUGAACAAAUGUUUCGAGAAGAACCCUAAAUUUGACAUGACUCCUUUGCUUGGAGGAACAGACGCCGUCUUCUCUUCUCUAAUCCAUUCAUUCAGUUGGAACCCAGCUAACUUUCUCCAUGCUUACACAUGUCUUCCACUUGCUUAUACGACAAGGCAAGCUGCUAGUGCCAUCUUGCAUGAUGUAGCUGAUUCAGGGGUCCUGUUUGCCUUGUUAAUGUGUAAACACAAGGUUAUCAGUCUUGUUGGUGCACAAAAAGCGUCUCUUCACCCUGAUGAUAUGCUAUUGCUCUCCAACUUUAUUAUGUCUUCUGAAUCAUUUAGGACAUCAGAAUCCUUCUCACCAAUUUGCUUACCAAGAUAUAAUCCCAUGUCAUUUCUACAUGCUUAUGUGCAUUACCUCGAUGUUGACACAUACUUAAUAUUGCUUACUACAAGUUCAGAUGCCUUUCAUCAUCUUAAAGAUUGCAGGAUUCGUAUUGAAAAGGUACUUCUGGAGUCCAAUGUACUUAAUGAAGUUCAAAGAUCCAUGGUAGAUGGUGGCAUGCGUGUUGAGGAUUUACCUGCUGAUCAUGAUUCUCAUUCUGGAGCAGUCUCCCUUCAUCUGGGUCAGCCUGGACAUACUAGAGAAUCAUCAGAGAGAUUUGCUGAAGCAUUCAUAGGUGUUGGUGGUCCUGCUGGACUUUGGCAUUUUAUGUAUCGAAGUAUUUAUCUUGACCAGUAUGUGUCGUCGGAGUUUUCCUCACCAGUAAAUAAUAGACAACAGCAGAAAAGGUUGUAUAGAGCUUACCAGAAGCUUUAUGCAUCCAUGCAUGACAAGGAAAUUGGACCGCACAAAACUCAGUUCAGAAGGGAUGAAAAUUAUGUUCUACUGUGCUGGGUUACUCAGGAUUUCGAACUUUAUGCAGCAUUUGAUCCCCUGGCAGACAAGGCUCUAGCUAUUAAGACUUGCAAUCGAGUAUGUCAAUGGAUCAAGAACAUAGAGAAUGAGAUUUUCUUGUUAGGAGCCAGUCCUUUUUCAUGGUGAUUCUCUCCAUGUUUUUCUUUUCUCGAAUUCCUUAUAAUAAGUUAUUGUUGCCUCAUUUCUGUAGGCUUCCAAUUUUUGUGGUUAUUUAGAAAAUGCCAGUUGUAGUUUAAAGUUUGGCUGUCAAGAUAUGAGUUGUCUCACUCUAGCCGUCAUUUUAUUUUCUCUUGUACAAUUUAUGAAAUUUUGUACCUUUAAUCUGUAUCAAAGGUUUAUAGUGUUCUAUAUAUACCGAUCUUUUUUAA